AUGGAUUAUUUCUGCCAUAUUGGUGACACAGAAGAGACAACGGUUUGCUGUCCAGGAAAAUCUGAUGAUAUCUGUAAUGAACCUCGUGUACCGGGAACUGGUCAAGCAUAUUUGAACCGUUAUGCAUUUACACCAUUAACUAAGCAAUGUUUACCAUUUACUUACACCGGUUUAGGUGGAAACGAAAAUAAUUUUUUGUCACGAGCAAGUUGUGAAGCUACAUGUCCUGUAAUUUCAAAUCCAUGCGCAGAUGGUGAACCAGCAGCUGGAAAAGAUGGACAAUAUCUAAUUUGUUCAGUUAGUGGACCUAAUAUUUGUCCUGUUGGAUAUUGGUGUCAUGUUGGUGCUGACAUCGCUGCCUCCCUGUGUUGUCCUGGUGCUCAAAAUGCAUGUAUUUUACCAGUUGCGGAAGGUAGCGGAAGUGCAACAAUUCCACGUUGGUAUUUUGAUCGUCGAUUACGUCAAUGUGCAACAUUUUCCUACACCGGCUAUGGUGGUAAUCAAAAUAAUUUUCAAACAUUAAAAGAGUGCCAGGAAAAAUGUCCAGAAUUAACGAAUCCAUGUUCGAUGGGUGAUCCGGCCGAAUCCUUAGAUGGCAAUAUUUUGCAAUGUAGUGCAUUGCAUCCUCAUUGUCCAACAUCAUAUUUUUGUAAUAUUGGUGUGACAUCUGAAACAUCAGUUUGUUGCCCAUCUUUUGGUGAACCAUGCCUGUCACCAUUAGCUUCAGGAACUGGAACUGCUUCACUGAAUAGAUGGUAUUUUGAUCAAACUUUACGACAAUGCCUUCAAUUUAUAUACACUGGUAUUGGUGGUAAUGAAAAUAAUUUCUUAACAGCUGAAGCUUGCAUACAAAAAUGUCCAGUUCUUCGAAAUCCAUGUCCAUUAGAUAAUAUUACAACGAAUAAGAAUAAUAUGUUAUCAUUAAUAAAAUGUAAUGUUCGAAAUGGUUAUUCCUGCCCACUAACUUAUUGGUGUCAUAUCGGUGGUGAUGCUGAUACUACCGUAUGUUGUCCUGGAGCUUCGGAUCCUUGUCAGUUACCAUUAUCUCAAGGAAUUAUCACUGAUAAUGGACCAUAUACUCGUUGGUUUUAUGAUCGUAUUUCUGGUUCUUGCAAGCCAUUUCAAUAUGCUGGCAUUAGUGGUAAUCAAAAUAAUUUCCUAACAAGAAGCGAUUGUGCUAAACGAUGUCCAGAAGGUAGACCUAUUACGCUAAUAUCACCGAUAUCAUCUUCGUUAUUAUUAUCAAAUUUACCGGUCAUUUGUCCAAAAGGAAUGCCAUAUCAAGAUGAAAAUCAAAUAAUUCCACAUUGUUCUAUUACCAAUCCAUGUCCUACUAAUUAUUUCUGCCACAUCGGAGCUGAUAUAUCAACAACUGUGUGUUGCAAAGUUACAACAUUUAUGUCAUCGUGCAGCAUUCCGGUACAAAUUGGUCAUGGAACCGGACAUAUGGAACGUGUAUAUUACAAUGCUGCACUCCGGCAAUGUGUACCAUUCAUUUAUUCCGGAAUGGGUGGAAAUGAAAAUAAUUUUUUAACACUUCAAGAAUGUAUUAUCAAAUGCAUAAAUAACAAAUCAAAUGUUAUUCAACAAUUUGAUAUUGGUAAGUUUUUGUAUAGUUUGCAUGGGAACAUCUUAAAACUUCAAAUUGAUAUGAUUGAUUAA